AUGUUGAACACAUUAUUAUCCCUAUUCACUUUUUUAGCAUUUGUGAUUGCAACAACAAACGAUAGAGUAUUAGAUUUUACUAAAAAUAAAGUCAGCUCAUGCCCUGUCCGUUUCAUUUACAAGACUUGGCCAAGCGAUGAAUUUGUUAUUAGUUCAGUCAAGUUGGGAGCUAAUGGUAACUACUUCAUGCGGCUAGAUAUUGAUAGGAGUAAGACAUGCAAAACAAGUCAACUCAUUGACUUUCAAAUUGGGAAGGAGGACGGAUAUCCCCGUAGGAAGUAUAGCCAUAAAUGGACAACUUUUGGUGUUGACUAUGAGUUUGGGUCUUUUUCUUCGUACUAUGGUGUCCCCCUGAAACUCGCUAUGUGGCAUCUGGAUUACAUGUGUGGGAAGACUUACUACCAGACUUCAGAUGCUAGUGAACCUGUAUUGAUGGAUCGAAAGUGUGCCGAACAAGUCCAGAAAGCAACGUGGAAAUAUACUGAUGUCACCGAUGGAUUACAAACAACUGCUGUUGAAGUGAAAAAGCCAAUUUGUGAACCAAUUAAAUCCAAUCUACCAGCUGAUGCAGGUGUAGUCCUAAGGAAGUUUAGAUUUUCGUCGGUGGAAAAGAUAGAAAAUUCAAACAAUUAUGUGGUUUCGGUAGAAUUAGAGCUUCAAGUUCGUAAUUGGUUCAUAUUAGAGCAUGUUACACUUUACUACAAAAAAAGAACCAAAUCUAAUAUUACUCCUCGUCCACAAGACAGUCAAACUCACAUAUUCCUAGAUAUAUUUACUUAUACUGCCAGUUGGGUCAUGGCUGGGGAACCAUGUGAAGAGGGAAUUUGCUCGACUCCAUUUGAUAUUGUGGUCAGUGGAAGAAAACCACAAAAACAGCCAGAGCCAUAUGUCUUCACACAUGAUUGUCUGGAUGGUGGUUUGAAAAACCUAGGAGGUACUUUUCCUAUAAUGGUUUUAGGUACUAACGAUUCUCCAAAUCCUAGCAGUGCAUCUGAAAUUGAUGAGUCGAGCACGGCAGAUGUUGAUGAGUCGAGUACAGUUGAUGUUGAUGGAUCUAGUACAGUGGAUGUUGAUGGAUCGAGUACAGUUGAUGUUGAUGAGUCGAGCACGGCAGAUGUUGAUGGAUCGAGUACAGUUGAUGUUGAUGAGUCGAGCACGGCAGAUGUUGAUGGGUCAAGUACAGUGGAUGUUGAUGGAUCUAGUACAGUGGAUGUUGAUGGAUCUAGUACAGUGGAUGUUGAUGGGUCGAGUACAGUGGAUGUUGAUGAAUCUAGUACAGUCGAUGUUGAUGGAUCAAGCACAGUUGAUGUUGACAUAACAGAUUCAUCUGACGCUGAUGAGUUGAGUACAGUUGAUGUUGAUGGUUCAACUACUUCUGUAGCUGAUGAAUCAAGCACAGUUGAUGUUGAGGUAACAAGUUCUUCUAACAUUGACGAAUCAAGUAAAUCUGAGAGUGACGUAUCAAGUACAUCUGAAGGUUAUAUAUCUACUGCAUCUGAAGGUUAUACAUCUACUGCAUCUGAAACGAAUACAAAGGAAAUCCUUUCAAUUACAACAAGUGCUUCCGAAACUUGGAGCAGCAAAGCUAGCACAACCACCAACUCUUCAUAUGUGAUAGAAUCUCCCUCGGUACAAGUAAGUACCAUAAUUGAAACUUCAAUCAGUACUAUUUUCACUAGUGUUUGUGAAUCAUCAACCUGUAUAAGAACGGCUGUCACUGUCACCAGCACCAAAACAUAUUAUCAUCCAGUACCUUUCCAAUCCAAUGAACCUGAUGCAAAGUAUACAACAAUCACCAAAGAAAAUGGUGAAGUGGAAGUGGUAUAUGCUACUAUUUCUAUAAGCUCACAACAGGAACAAGCUAAACAAAAGCCUGGUCAACAUUCAAGUCAAGAACAUGGUUCCGUGGUAGCUGCUCCUACUUCAAAAUCAACGCAAAAUCUUGGUGAACAUUCAAGUCAGCAACAGGGGUCCCUGGUAUUUGACAGUAUUCAAGUGCAUAGUGGUGCUUCCUUGGUUUCCUAUAGUAUUUUGUUGUUAGUUGGUCUUAUUGCAGUGUUAUAA